ACACAAAGCUGCACUAAGAACACUGUCAAGUUUUCUCCUUUGUUUGGGAGCACAAAUGGACGCGCCGGGAGUGAAGAAAGGAACCUACUGGAGGUACAAAGUCGUGUUUUGUUUGGCAUUUUUGUGGGACUUAGUUAACGGACAAAUAAGGUAUUCCAUCCCAGAGGAGCUUGAACACGGGGCUUUUGUGGGGAACAUUGCAGAGGACUUGGGCUUGGAUCUUAAUAGACUCUCAGCGCGGAGAUUUCGAAUAGUUUCAGGCUCAAAGAAACAAUACGUGGAGGUUAAUUUGGAGAAUGGAGUUUUAUUUGUGAACGAGAGGAUUGACCGUGAAGAACUAUGCGAGCAGAGUUUGUCGUGUUCUUUUCACCUGCAAGUGGUUAUAGAAAACCCUCUGGAGCUUUACAGGGUGGAGGUGGAAAUCUUAGACGUGAAUGACAACUCUCCCAGUUUCCCCUGGACCGAGUUUAACCUGGACAUUUCUGAAUCUGCAACGCCCGGGUCGCGCUUCCCACUCGAGAGCGCGCAGGACUUGGACGUGGGUUCCAACUCUCUGCGCACGUAUUUGCUCAGCGUUAACGAGCACUUUCUAUUGGACAUCCAGACGAGGAGUGAUGGGAGUAAAUUUGCCGAGCUUGUUCUUCAAAGUCCCUUGGAUAGAGAGCAACAGAGCACUCAUCAAAUGGUUCUGACCGCAGUGGAUGGAGGCGCACCGGAGAAGUCUGGCACUGCGCAAAUUGACAUCACAGUCCUGGAUGCGAAUGAUAACGCACCUGUGUUUGACCAGUCGUUUUACAGGGUUAGACUACCUGAAAAUGCACCCAAGGGAACGGUUGUCAUCAAACUUAACGCUUCCGAUCUAGACGAAGGCCCCAACGCUGAUAUAACUUACUCUUUUAGUGGCCAUGCUCCUAUUAAAGUGCGUCAGCUUUUCACUGUGGAUCCCCAUACAGGUGAAAUUAAAGUCAAAGGCGUUAUUGACUAUGAAAAAGCUCGAAUGCAUGAGAUCUAUGUCCAAGCAAAAGAUAAAGGGCCAUCUCCUGUAGCUGUGCAUUGUAAAGUUCUUGUGAAUGUUUUGGACAAAAAUGACAAUGUCCCUGAAGUCAUUUUAACUUCUGUGUCCACACCUGUCCUAGAAGACGCACCUCCCGGGACUGUCAUCGCGGUUAUAAGCAUCACGGAUAAGGAUUCAGGCGAAAAUGGGAAUGUUGACUGUGAAAUUCCCAAUCUGAUCCCUUUCCAGCUGCACUCCUCAUUUAAGAACUAUUACACUUUGGUUACUUCAGAUUUUCUUGAUAGAGAGACUGUGGCAGAGUAUAACAUCACUCUUACAGCUAGAGAUAUGGGUUCUCCGCAGUUAUUUAUGCGCAAAACUAUUUUAGUUCAAGUUUCUGAUGUUAAUGACAAUGCUCCUUUAUUCAAGCAGCCAGGUUAUACUGUGUACCUGACAGAAAAUAAUGCACCAGGGGCGUCCAUUUGCUCCGUAACCGCUCUAGAUCCAGAUUCAGGCCAAAAUUCGUACUUAUCUUACUCUAUCCUUGAUGGUGACAUACAAGGAAUGCCAAUUUCCACUUAUGUUUCCAUCAAUUCCGACAAUGGAAAUAUCUAUGCGUUGAGAUCUUUUGACCACGAACAACUCAAGAACUUCCAGAUUACAGUGCAGGCCCAUGAUGCAGGUUUUCCACCGCUCAACAGUAAUGUCACCGUUACUAUUUUCAUCUUGGAUCAAAAUGACAACGCGCCAGUUAUAAUAUCGCCAAGAUCGCUAAAUGGUUCAACCCCCAUUGAAGUGGUGCCCAAACUGGUCGAGCCUGGUUACCUCAUAAGUAAAGUCAGCGCGAUGGAUGCCGAUUCAGGUCAAAACUCACGGCUGUUUUACCAAAUGCUCCAAGCAACUGAUUCAACAUUGUUUAGCGUUGCUCUCUACACAGGCGAAAUUAGAACCAUCCGGCAGAUUAGUGACAAAGACCCCACCAGGCAUAGAUUGGUUGUUCUGGUCAAGGACAAUGGACAGCCCUCGCUUUCGGCUACAGUCUCCAUCAUCUUGUCAGUGGUGGACAGCCUGCCAGAAUCGCGGCCUGAUUUGGGUGACCUGUCACUGAGCCUACAUCACAACUCCAACUUCACCCUGUACUUAAUCGUGUCCUUAGGUGCCAUUUCGUUCACAUUUCUGGUGGCUAUCAUCGUCCUGGUUACAGUGAGAAGAUACAAGGACAGACCGGCCAAUGGGACGUAUACUCUGCCUUUCUUUAGCGGAUGCUGUUGCUGUUCUAGAUCCAAUACACCAACAGGCAAAGAGGUGCUCAAAAAGUCUAAUCUUACUAUACGGAUGCCCCCGAGUUCGAACGGACUGACAGAGGCCAAUGCAAGCGCCAUACGUCAGGCUUAUUGCUAUAAGAUGUGUUUGACCCCGGAGUCGUCCAAAAGUGACUUCAUGUUCCUCAAGCCGUGCAGUCCUGUCAUGUCUGUCCAGCAGAAUAAUGUGAAGAGUACAGAUUAUCUGACAUCAGGGUGGAGCACACUGGACAGGAAUGAAGUCACCAACAACACGUCACCAUCUCCAAACGAGGUAAAAUCUUCAAACAAGGACUGGACAUGGACGAAGAAUGAACGCAACUCCGCUUACAAAAGAUAUAGUACAGCCAAUAUGGACGGCACUCUUUCACGCCAACCCAAGUAUGACGCCGAUAGCUUUUCCUGCUCCGUUGCACCGCAGUAUUGGACCUGGGGCUCCCAUAUGAAAGGUCUGCCUAAAAUAAGGGCUUAUAGUAGUUCCACUGGGGAGGGAAAGGGGGGUGGGGGGUGUCCGCUGAAAGCAAGCGUUUCCAACUACUCGUGGACGCCAAAAUAUGCACAGCCAAAUUCAGAAGAGCCAGACUACCAGCACAAUGUGUACAUCCCUGGCACCACAUCUGGUUACAGCACCCUGAAGCUGGCACCCAGAGGAGAGCUGGACGUGUAUAACAGCUUCUCCACUUUUGGCAAGAAAAAGAGGUUAAUCUCAAACUAUGAGCAAACAUUCGACAAAGACAAUGGACUCAUAAGCAAUGAUAUAUUUAAGUAGUGCAAGGAUAACACUGCAGGCUGCUGUGACAAGAAAAGUAGACACACAAUACUUUUGGAUUUGCUAUCCAAUGCAGUGAAUUUAUUUUUUGUCAAAUAAAGAAGGAGCUAAAAAGAGGCUCUGACCUUUAAGAGAGUGGUUUGAAGGAGUAGAAAAACUUGCAUGAGAAAGAGCUUUGAUUCAAGAGGGAGAAUUGUGUGCCCACAGUGGUAAAGAAAAGCAGAAGGACAAGUUUUCAAAAUUCUCUUUAUAAAGGUAAAUCAUUCAAAAAAUCAUAAUGGCUAAGUAAUUUAAUCAAAGUAAAAAGUUAUUUUUACAAUUGUUGAACUGGUACUUC